GCCAGCUCGGGGAGGGGGGCGCGUGCUGAGCUCCUGUCUCCUCCAGGACCCUUUCACUAGGUCUGCUUUUUAGCUCAUCUGCCUAAAGGUUUACCAAGAGAAUAGGCAGAGCACAACAGAUGCGUCAGAGGCAGGCCAGUAUAACCUGAAAACAAAAGUAGCUGAUUUGAGCAAUCCUGCAACAGGCUACUUAAUAAAAGAAGAACAUAGCUCAGCGGCUGUUUCAACAGGAUGGGUUCUAUCGUGUGGGAAUGUGGUUAAUCAACUUGACACAUUAACCUAAUACAGCCUACAUAAUGUGAAAAGAAAAGACGUCCCAUCUGUCUCAAGUCUUCUGUCAGACUGACUGAAUAAGACUCUAUCAGCACAAAUAGUAUUUCAGUUUUUGAAGAAUCUUAACAAACAAGCAGCAAAAAUACUGGCAUUAAAGUCAAACCUUCAGUACAUGUAUAUCUGAAAGUGUACAUUGAAUAAUCUGACAGGCCUCCGUGACUGCUCCCAUUCACAUGUGGAAGGAUGGCUACUUGCUUGAUGUUCUGCUGUCUUUUGUUCUUGGAAGUUUUGGUGGGGCAUACAAGUGGACACAGUUUAUUUUCUUGUGAGCCCAUCAUCUUGAGGAUGUGCCAAGACCUGCCUUACAAUACCACCUUUAUGCCUAAUCUUCUGAAUCAUUAUGACCAGCAAACUGCAGCAUUAGCAAUGGAGCCGUUUCAUCCUAUGGUUAAUCUGGAAUGCUCCAGGGAUUUUCGACCAUUUCUAUGUGCCCUAUAUGCUCCAGUCUGUAUGGAGUAUGGACGUGUCACUCUCCCAUGUCGCAGGCUUUGUCAACGUGCAUACAGCGAAUGUUCCAAACUCAUGGAGAUGUUUGGCGUCUCUUGGCCAGAGGAUAUGGAAUGCAGCAGAUUCCCGGACUGUGAUGAGCCUUACCCUCGUCUCGUAGACCUCAAUUUAGCUGGAGAGCCCACAGAAGAGGCCCCAAUGGCAGUGCAGAGGGACUAUGGCUUUUGGUGUCCCCGGGAGUUGAAAAUAGACCCUGAUCUGGGUUAUUCUUUCCUGAGGGUACGAGACUGUUCCCCUCCUUGUCCAAAUAUGUACUUUAGGCGUGAAGAGCUCUCCUUUGCCCGAUAUUUCAUCGGAGUGAUUUCCAUCGUCUGCCUUUCUGCUACCUUGUUUACUUUUUUAACUUUUCUGAUUGAUGUCACAAGAUUCCGUUAUCCAGAAAGACCCAUUAUAUUUUAUGCUGUCUGUUACAUGAUGGUGUCAUUAAUUUUCUUCAUUGGCUUUUUGCUUGAGGACCGAGUAGCGUGCAAUGCAUCUAGCCCUGCACAGUACAAGGCUUCCACAGUGACACAGGGCUCGCAUAACAAAGCUUGCACCAUGCUUUUCAUGGUGCUGUAUUUCUUUACCAUGGCUGGCAGUGUUUGGUGGGUCAUUCUUACCAUCACAUGGUUCUUGGCAGCUGUGCCAAAGUGGGGCAGUGAAGCAAUUGAGAAGAAAGCAUUGCUCUUCCAUGCCAGUGCAUGGGGCAUUCCAGGAACUCUAACCAUCAUCCUUUUAGCAAUGAAUAAAAUUGAAGGUGACAAUAUUAGUGGCGUGUGUUUUGUUGGCCUCUAUGAUGUGGAUGCAUUACGAUAUUUUGUUCUUGCCCCCCUCUGCCUGUAUGUUGUGGUUGGAGUUUCUCUGCUGCUAGCUGGCAUUAUCUCUCUCAAUCGGGUUCGCAUUGAAAUCCCAUUAGAAAAAGAGAACCAGGACAAGCUGGUGAAGUUCAUGAUCCGGAUUGGCGUGUUCAGUGUUCUGUACCUCGUUCCACUCUUGGUUGUAAUUGGCUGCUAUUUCUAUGAGCAGGCUUUCCGAGGUGUGUGGGAGACAACAUGGAUACAAGAACGCUGCAGAGAAUAUCACAUCCCAUGUCCAUAUCAGAUCUCUCAGAUGAGCCGCCCAGACCUGAUUCUCUUUCUGAUGAAGUAUCUUAUGGCUCUAGUAGUUGGGAUCCCUUCUGUCUUUUGGGUUGGAAGUAAAAAGACCUGCUUUGAAUGGGCCAGCUUUUUUCAUGGACGCAGGAAAAAAGAAGCUGUAAAUGAGAGCCGCCAGGUGCUGCAGGAGCCCGAUUUUGCUCAGUCACUUCUGAGGGAUCCUAAUACCCCCAUUAUCCGAAAGUCAAGGGGCACUUCCACUCAGGGGACUUCCACUCAUGCCUCAUCUACUCAUCUGGCUAUGAUGGAUGACCAGAGGAGCAAAGCAGGCAGCGUCCACAGCAAAGUAAGCAGCUACCAUGGCAGCCUGCAUAGGUCCCGUGAUGGCAGGUACACCCCCUGCAGCUACAGAGGCAUAGAAGACAGACUACCUCAUGGCAGCAUGUCACGACUGACUGAUCACUCCAGGCAUAGCAGUUCACAUCGGCUCAAUGAACAGUCCCGUCACAGCAGCAUCAGGGAUCUCAGCAACAACCCAAUGACCCACAUCACGCAUGGUACCAGCAUGAACCGGGUUAUUGAAGAGGAUGGAACCAGUGCUUGAUUUGCUUUCAACAUAAAGGAGAACCUCCUACAACAGUGUUACUUGGAGUCCAUUUCUCAGUGAUGCGAUAAUACUCAGUAUUAUCGUGCUUCCCAUUUGGUGCUGAUUUUUUUUUGUAUCAGGAAGCUGAAGUUUGGCUUUGCCUUUUUAAAGCCAGCUGUCGUUGUGCUUACAUCAGUGCUAGGAUGCACAGUGAUCAGCAAUCUGGAAAUUAACAAAAGUAAAAGCUAGUGGUAGCUUCAUCUUGAACCUACCAGUAGAUAAUUAUUAAUAAUUUAUUUGAUAACUUGUUAUUUUCCCAUCAUACAUCAUAGCUGGAUUUCUUAUUAGAAAAAUCCCUAAAUACUUUGAAUUUCAGUAAUUGUUACCUUUGAAGACUCACUGGUGAGGUCAUGUUAAGAGUUCCAAUAAGCAGAAGGAAACUCUCUUGAAUAUUUGAAGGAGUUCUUCCAUGAAACCCUUUUGUCUCUGAUUAGAUAAUAAAGUGGUACUUGUUGUCAUCAAGCACAGAGGGAGGGCUGCAUAUUAACUACUGUACAAAGGGCAUCUGUGAGAAAUCAGCAGGCAUUUUUAAACAGUUAUGCUGGAAAUAAAACAAAAGAAUGAGCAUUCCGUAGGAAGAAUGGAAACUCCAGUGAAGAUGGUCAGUUCUUACAGAAUUGUUCAGGGUCAAUUGUUGGGCUGUGGGGCAGGGAAGGCAUGAUUUUUUUAAAUUGGUAUUGUCCUGGCCUUUUUACCAAAUACUAUUUAAAUUUUCUACUUGUUUACAAUUUUUCUGUGGGGAGAGGUGGAAAACUCAAUUUGAAGCCAGUU